AUGAGACACAAUCUGGUGUGUCAGACACCUCCCACUGUCACUGUUCAUGUGAAAUUGAGUGCAACAAGAUCGCAUCAGCAAAACAACCUUAUUAGACUAGAGUGGCCAGCUUUGAAAGACUGUGAAGAAAACUGGGAAAAAAGAGUUCCUACUGAUAAAUACAAAUGUGCACAGAGACCAUGUGUAGUCAUUCAGCGUGAGGAAAUGAUGGCUUUCUUUAAAUUAUUUGAUGAUGAUCUAAUCCAAGACUUCCUGUGGAUGGACCGCUGCUGUAAAAUUGCAGACAAAUAUCUCCUGGCAAUGACUUUCGUUUAUUUCAAGAGGGCAGGCUUCACAAUAACAGAGUAUACCAGACUCAAUUUCUUUGUCGCUCUGUACCUGGCAAAUACAGUUGAAGAAGAGGAUGAUGAAUCAAAGUAUGAGAUCUUUCCCUGGGCCAUGGGAAAAGGCUGGAGACAGCUCUUUCCUCAUUUCUUAAAUUUGAGAGACGAACUAUGGCACAGAAUUGACUUCAGGGCUAUCGUGAGCAGACGCUGCUGUGAAGAG